AUGGCCUGCCGCUUAAACUUGGGACCGGAGAUCCGCGAGUUGAAAUUGGGAGUCACGUUUACCAAUCCAUCUGCUCAGACCGCGUAUCAUACUUUAAAGUAUGACUGCAAACCAGCCAGUGUGGACGUCAACAAGCCAGCAACGCUAGAAGUUGGAACCAACAAAGAAGUAACAGUUACCGUACCACAUAUAGAUAGUUCCGGAGUUUCCAACACGGUGUUCAAGGGAAACCAACGAGAUGACAGCAUGAAGGAUUGUGUGCUUAUUAUCGACCAUGUUACGGGGGAAAUUACGCUCGAAAGGCUGUGCAGCAACGUGCAAGUCAAAAAGAUUAGAACUGAAUGCAAAGUCGCUCAGCCCCCAGUGCUACCAUCUUCGACAAAGAUGAACAAGUCUACUUCGCGGCGAAGCUCCAAGACUAAGCUCACAACAGGUUCACGCAAGAACAGUCCCGUCAAUCUCAUUCCAAUGCUUUCACCAUUACCAAACUCGCCCACCUACCAUCCCAACAAGAGUCCACAGGCCUCGUUCGGGACUAACAAUGCUCAACCGUCAUUGCCGAGUGUUCCAUUUAUCGAUAUAAAUGACGGAAAUUCUAUGACUGUGCCAUCUUUGUCUGUACCACCGAGACAAACUCAAAUGCAGCAACACCCAAACAAGACCUCGGAGGCCCCGGCCUGGAGUGUCUAUAAUCAUCAACAGACAUUGCCGAGUAUUCCGAAUAAGGAUUCUGUGUCAGUCCCAACGGCACUGGCGCAAAUGCACAGCAGCUCGACCACAGCCAUACGCCACGGAAACAAGAGACACAAAUCAAACAACAACCAUGCAGCGCCUGCCGUAGCAGUUAAGUUACCCAUGGUACAAGCUUCUACGCAGCGGAAUACUUUCGUCACUAGUACAAUAAAUUUGUCGGAAUCGAGUGAUGACAGUGACAGCGAGAGUUCACAGGCCCCGGUCGGGCAUCCUACUUCGCAGCGAAGCUCCAAGACUAAGGUCACAACAGAUUCACGCAAGAACAGUCCCACGAAUCUCGAUCCAAAACAUUCACCGCUGCCAAACUCUUCUUCUUGCCACCCUAAUAAGAGUUCACACGACCCGAUCGGGAAUCCUACUUUGCGGCGAAGCUCCAAAACUAAGGUCACAACAGGUUCACGCAAAAACAGUCCCGUCAAUCUCAUUCCAAUGCUUUCACCAUUACCAAACUCGCCCUCUUACCAUCCCAACAAGAGUCCACAGGCCUCGUUUGGGACUAACAAUGCUCAACCGUCAUUGCCGAGUGUUCCAUUUAUCGAUAUAAAUGACGGAAAUGAUUCUAUGACUGUGCCAUCUUUGUCUGUUCCAACGAGACAAACUCAAAUGCAGCAACACCCAAGCAAGAGUUCGGAGGCCCCGGCCUGGAGUGUCUAUCAUCAUCAACAGACAUUGCCGAGUAUUCCGAAUAAGGAUUCGUCGUCAGUCUCAACGGCACAGGCGCAAAUGCACAGCAGCUCGACCACAGCCAUACGCCAUGCAGAGCCUGCCGUAGCAGUUAAUUUACCCAUGGUACAAGCUUCUGCGCAGCGGAAUACUUUCGUCACAGGUACUAUAAGUUCGUCGGAAUCGAGUGAUGACAGUGACAGCGAGAGCAGCUCUGACUCCGAUAGUAGUUCCGACUCCGAUAGCAGUUCUGACUCCGAUAGCAGUUCCGACUCCGAUAGCAGUUCCGAUAGUAGCUCGUCUGAUGCAAAAAGUUCUCCUAUGAAAGACCAAAGCUGGUCAGAGAUCGUAAGCCAUGCUAGUAUGGCUAUUGAGAAUCAGCUGGCGAAGGAUCUAUGUCUAUCCGAGUCCGAUACGGAUUCGGAUUAA